UGAUAUAUCAAAUGUGUUAUCAUUUUCCCGCGUCGCAUGGCGGUAUUAGUGUUGUAAAUAUCAUAAUCAGUUUUUGAUUCAACAUUAGAAACUCACUAGUUGUGUCGUAAACUCUGACUUACACUUAUAACUGAUUAAAUAUUUGUACCAAACCUAGUUGCUUUCACCUAAAUUAUGGAUUUAGAAUUUCAAGAUGUGCGUGCCGAAGUUAAAGGUAUCAUGUGUUCAGGGCGUUUAAAGUUUACAGAUCAGAAUAUUGCAUUUAAGAAUAUUAAAACUGGCAAAGUUGAACAGCUAACAUCAUCAGAUAUUGAAUUUGUUAAUUGGCAAAAGUUAGUAGGUACAUGUGGAAUAAGAAUUUUUUUAAAAAAUGGCAAUUUGCAUCGUUACAGUGGAUUCAAUGAGUCUGACCAAGAAAAAAUUGCCAAAUAUUUUAAAAAUACAUACCAUUUGGAUAUGUUGGAAAAAGAAUUGUCUAUUAAAGGAUGGAAUUGGGGUAGUGCUAAGUUUAAUGGUUCAAUAUUGAGUUUUGAUAUUGGUAACUUAACUGCCUUUGAAAUUCCUCUUAAUAAUGUAUCUCAAUGUACUACUGGGAAAAAUGAAGUAACAUUGGAGUUUCAUCAGAAUGAUGAAGCUCCAGUUAGUCUUUGUGAAAUGAGAUUUCAUAUUCCGACAGCUGAGCUUGCUGGUGAUCAAGAUCCAGUUGAUGCAUUCCAUGAUCAAGUUAUGAAACAAGCUAGUGUAAUAUCUGUAUCUGGUGAUGCAAUUGCUAUAUUUAGAGAAAUGCAAUGUCUUACACCUCGUGGUCGCUAUGACAUUAAAGUUUUUCAAACAUUUUUUCAACUACAUGGUAAAACUUUUGAUUAUAAAAUUCCUAUGACAACAGUACUGAGGUUAUUCAUACUACCUCAUAAAGAUGGACGCCAAAUAUUUUUUGUUGUAAGUUUGGAUCCUCCAAUAAAACAAGGUCAAACAAGAUACCAUUAUUUAGUACUCCUAUUUAAUAUGGAUGAUGAUACUUCCAUUGAACUUCCAUUUACUGAUGAAGAAAUUGAAUCUAAAUAUGCUGGAAAAUUAACAAAAGAAUUAAAUGGACCAACUUAUGAAGUUCUUGCACAAGUCAUGAAAGCUAUUGUUAAUAGGAAAAUAACUACUCCAGCUAGUUUUAAAGGGCAUUCAGGUACCUCAGCAAUUGGUUGUUCUUAUAAGGCAGCAGCUGGUUAUAUUUAUCCUCUGGAAAGAGGAUUUAUAUACAUACACAAACCACCAAUUCAUAUAAGAUUUGAAGAAAUUUCUAGUGUUAAUUUUGCUAGAGGUGGAGGUAGUACAAGAUCGUUUGAUUUUGAAAUUGAAUUGAAAAAUGGUGUAAUACAUACUUUCAGUAGUAUAGAAAAAGAAGAAUAUGGUAGUCUUUAUGAUUUUAUAAAUGCCAAAAAAUUAAGAGUGAAGAAUACAGGCAAAUCUGAUAAACCAGCUUAUACUGGUGAUGAUUAUGGGGAUUCAGAUAACGAGGGUGAACCUGAUGCUUACUUGGCUCGUGUAAAGCGUGAAGGACAAGAACGAGAUGAAGAUGAUGAUUCCGAUGAAAGUACUGAUGAAGAUUUCAAUCCAGAUGCACAAGAGAGUGAUGUUGCUGAAGAAUUUGAUAGUAAUCCAUCAACUACUGAAUCAGAAUCAGAUGAAGAAGGUGACUCUAAAGAAAAGAAAAAGAAAAAAGAUAAAAAGCCAAAGUCUGCGAAAACAAUUUCUGAAAAACCUCGUAAACCAAAAAAAGCCAAAAAAGUUGAUGAUGGUAGACCAAAAAGAGCAGCCACAGCUUAUAUGUUGUGGUUUAAUGAAGCUCGUGAUGAUAUUAAAGCUAACAAUCCUGGAAUUUCAUUUGCUGACGUUGGAAAGAAAGGAGGAGAAAUGUGGAAGAAAAUGUCUUCUAGUGAAAAAUUGAAAUAUGAAGAAAAAGCAGCCAAAGCUAAAGAAGAAUAUAAUAAAGCAAUGAAAGAAUUCAAAGAAUCUGGCGGAGGAGCAGAUACUCCCAAAGCUUCUUCUUCUUCAAAAACAAAAUCCUCUUCAAAACCACAAGCUAAAAAAUCUUCAUCAAAAAAAGUUACAACGCCUGUCAAGAGUGGAUCAUUUAUUUCAAAAGAAUUUAUUGAAUCAGAUGAUGAUUCUUCAAUGAGUGAAAGUGAAAAAAAUAAUAAAAACAAAAGUAAAUUGAAAAAGUCCACUUCAGGUGAUUCAAGUGAAGAAAAAUCAAAACCUCCAAAAAAAAGUGAUGACAAAAAGAGAAAGCAAAAAGAAUCUUCAAAUGAAUCAAGCGAAGAAGAAAAAAAUAAAUCCAAAAGAAGUAAGAGUGACUCUGAGGAGGAAGAAGAAGAGGAAGAAAGUAGUGGAAGUGCAUCUGAUGCUAGUGAUUCUGAUUAAGUUUUGUAAUCUGUAUUUUGUAUCUAAUAACUUCUUAAUUUUAAUUUCUAUGUUCCACAGUUAUUUUUAUUAUUAUUAUUAUAUUUAUGCAUUAUUUUGUAACUUCCCUUUUUGUACAUAUUUCAGUACAAUAAAUGUAUGUUUUUAUA